AUUCCGUCCUCGAGCGGGGCUGUCUGGGAGCUACAGCCACAGCCGGAAGCGCGCGCACUCCUCCGUCCGUGCAGCAUCUCUCGGAAACUGGAUUUCUAGCCCGUCGCGGACGCGUGGAUGCGAGCCUACACCGGGGCAAGUCGCGGAGAUGGAGUUGCUCGUGAUCAGCCUCUCCCUGUGGCUCCUGCAGUGGCACGCGGCGCGGGCGGACUCCAUCAUCCACAUCGGUGCCAUUUUUGAGCAAAACGCGAUCCGGGAUGAUGAAGUGUUUCAGUUGGCCGUUUCGGACCUGAGUUUGAACGACGACAUCCUGCAGAGCGAGAGGAUCACCUAUUCUAUCAAACUGAUCGAACCCAACAACCCCUUCCAGGCAGUGCAAGAAGCCUGUGAGCUAAUGAACCAAGGCAUCCUGGCGUUGGUGUCGUCUACUGGCUGUGCAGCAGCUAACGCUCUGCAGUCCCUGACAGAUGCCAUGCAUAUCCCGCACUUGUUUAUCCAGCGGAACGGAGACGGCACACCCCGAGCAGAAUGUCAGCUCAACCCCAGUCCUGAUGGAGAGAGGUAUACGCUAGCUGCUCGGCCACCAGUACGGCUCAAUGAUGUCAUGCUAACGCUCGUCUCGGAACUGCGGUGGCAGAGGUUCAUAAUGUUCUACGACAGCGAGUACGAUGUACGUGGCUUGAGGGGGUUCCUGGACCAGGCGUCUCGGAUGGGCCUGGACGUGUCACUGCAGCAGGUGGAUCGGAACGUCAGUAAGGUGUUCUCUACUCUGUUCAGCACCAUGAAGACAGAAGAACUGAACCGCUAUCGGGAUACACUGAGACGAGCCAUCCUGCUGCUGAGCCCUCGAUCUGCACAGGUCUUCAUCCACCAGGCUGUAGAGACAAACCUGGCAUCCAAAGACAGUCACUGGGUGUAUGCGAAUGAGGAGGUGAGUGAUACAGAGAUCAUGGAGCUGGUCCACAGCGCUCUUGGCCGCAUGACCGUGAUCAGGCAGAUCUUUCCUCUGUGGAGGGACACAAACAUCCGCUGCAUGAGGAAUAACCACCGCAUUUCCUCGCUGCUCUGCGACCCCCAGGAGGGCUACCUGCAGUCCCUUGAGGUUUCAAGCCUGUACCUGUACGACAGCGUGCUGAUGUUGGCCAACGCCUUCUACCGGAAACUGGAGGACAGGAAGUGGCAUAGCAUGGCCAGUCUGAACUGCAUGAGGAAGUCAACCAAGCCAUGGAAUGGAGGCUGGUCCAUGCUGGACACCAUUCAGAAGGGAAGAAUCUCAGGCCUGACAGGUCUUAUGGAUUUCCGGAGCAAUGGAGCCAACUCCCAUGCACAGUUUGAGAUAUUGGGAACCACUUACAGCGAGACGUUCGGGAAGGAUGUCAAACGGUUGGCAACUUGGGACUCUAUUCGUGGAAUGAAUGGCAGUCUAAAGGAGAGCCGUGUGGAGAGCGGCAUGCAAGGAGUGACUGUGAAAGUUGUCACAUUAUUGGAGGAGCCUUUCGUGAUGGUGGCAGAAAACAUUCUUGGGCAGCCUAAACGAUACAAAGGCUUCUCCAUCGAUGUCCUGGAUGCCCUGGCCAAAAUACUGGGCUUCAAAUACGAGAUCUACCAGGUAGCUGAUGGAAAGUAUGGAUCUCCUCAAUCUAAUGGCUCGUGGAAUGGCAUGAUUGGAGAACUCAUCAAAAAGAGGGCAGAUCUGGCUAUUUCAGCUAUCACCAUCACGCCAGAACGUGAGAACGUGGUGGACUUCAGCAAACGCUAUCUGGAUUACUCCGUGGGCAUCCUGAUGAGCAAGUCUGUAGAGAAACUCAACAUCUUCUCACUGCUAGCGCCCUUCGAUCUGGCAGUAUGGGCGUGUAUCGCCGCUGCCAUCCCUGUGGUUGGAGUCAUGAUCUUCCUCCUACGGCGUAUCCAGUCCGUCCGUUCUCAGAACACCCCUGGGCCUCACCAGCCUGCAUCUGUUACCACCUCUUUCCAAAGUGCCAUCUGGAUUGUCUAUGGCGCUUUUGUUCAACAAGGUGGCGAGUCCAUUAUGAGCUCAGUGGCUCUGCGGAUAGCCAUGGGCAGCUGGUGGCUCUUCACACUCAUUGUGUGCUCGUCUUACACGGCAAACCUGGCAGCCUACCUCACCGUGUCUCGCAUGGACAACGCAGUACGAACGUUCCAGGACCUGUCCAAGCAAGCAGACCUUAGCUAUGGUACUGUCAGAGAGUCAGCGGUGUAUGAGUACUUCAGGGUGAAGGGAACAAAUCCCCUGGAGCAGGACAGUACCUUCGCAGAGCUGUGGAGGACAAUCAAUAAGAACAAGGGGCAGGACAACUCGGUGGCCACUCCAGCUGAAGGCAUCCGAAAGGCGAAGCGGGAGUCGUACGCUUUCUUAUGGGACAUGGCAGUGGUGGAAUAUGCUGCUCUGACAGAUGAUGAAUGUACCCUCACAGUCACAGGGAGCAGCAUGAGCACCAAAGGCUACGGCCUUGCCCUGCAGCACGGCAGCCCCUACAGAGACCUCUUCUCGCAGAAGAUUCUGGAGCUACAGGAGAAGGGCGACCUGGACAUCCUGAAGCAGAAGUGGUGGCCACGCAAGGGUCGCUGUGAUUUGGACAGAGGCACCGAGGCCCAGUCUGAGGGGCGAGCGCUAAGACUGCACAGCUUUGCUGGAGUUUUCUGCAUCCUUGCAGCUGGGCUGCUGCUCGCCUGCCUGGUGGCCGCUCUGGAGACGUGGUGGAACGGCCCACGCUGUCGGCGGGCGCAGCCCAAAGAGGACAAAGAGGUGAAUCUGGAGCAGGUUCACCAGCGCCUGACUGGGCUCAUAGACGAUGACCUGGCGCACAAGCAGCUUCCUGGCCAGUCUCUAGAGAUCUCAGCACUGGACAUGGGCAGCAUGGGCAGCAUGGGCAGUCUGGGCAGCAUGCGCCAGCGGCAGGGCUCGCAGGAGGCUGUGAGGGACUUUCCUCCAGGGGGCAUGUCCGUCACCUCCUUCCUCCAGGAGGGCUCCAGCAUGGGCCGCCUACCUGGACGCAACCUGCCCCUGCCCCUCAGCAGCUCCACCCUGCCCCCCUCCAUGCGCUGCAAACACCGAGCCCCCAACGGAGGCCUUUUCCGCCAGAGUCCCGUAAAAACACCCAUGCCUAUCGCCUACCAAGCAGUGCCCGGAGGACCCAUCCCGGAAGCCAUGGACUCCAGCCAUGGGACCUCUAUCUAAGCCCGCCAAUCACAUUCACCUUCAAAAAAAGAGGCUCACUUUGUCAGCCGGCCUAAAGCAUCCAAUCACAGACAUUGGAGGGUCUGGCACAGGUGGAGGUUUUAAGAGAAGAUGAAAAUAUGUCAAAAAGGAACAAGUAUUUUUCUUUUUCUUUCUCUCUCUUUCUUUUUUUGUAAUACAGAU